CUCUCUCUCUACCUUUCUAUCUCUACCUCUCUCUACCUUUCUCUCUACCUCCCUCUCUCUGGGUGUUGAUGCUCUGCAGGACAGACCUAUCUGCACAAAACAACUUUCAGUGUAGAAGGAAGAUUCAAGCUUCUGUCAUGAAAAAGUUUCCACCCUCAGUCCUGAAACCAAGGACCUGCUACCAGGAUAGUCCUGGAAAGGGAGUCCUCAAACCUCAGCAGAGAUUGAGCUACACCUCUCCCCCAACCUCCCCCUUAGACUCACCCGAGAAGGAAGGGGGAGAGAUGACUGACCUCUCAGACGACAGGCCCCUGACCGUCGCUGAGAAGGUAAGGCGACUGGAGAGCUUUUCCAGCCCUGGAGGAUGUGACACGCCUGAAGGAUUUGACACGCCUGGAGGAAGUGACACGCAGGACUCAAGUAAAGGCAUCUCGAGACGCCUGAUGCUCGUCAAGGUCGGUGAGGGUGACUCCAAGGGACCUGUCUUCAACCAGGACCCAGCCUCUCACACGUAUAAACGUGUGGUUGCCAAGGAUAACAGGGUUACAGUUAGAGAUUAUGGACACUGCAAAGAGGUUGCUGUGGAAUCUCGUACGGUAAUAAUGCAUCAAACAUCCUAUAAGGUUGUGAGCCAGAGCCCUCCUCCUCUUCCUCCUUUCAGACAGACUUCAGUCAGCACUUGUCGUGAGGGCAAACAACUCCAACGAAACGAUAACAUCAAGGCCGAUCCGGAGUUCCUAAUGGAAUGGUGGAAGACAGUGAUUUCAUGGGAAGACCUGGAAAAUCAACCAUUGAAACAUGGAGAGGCAGCGUUAUUUUUUGUGAAAGCAGAGAGGAUCUGUCAUGCAUUGCUGCUGUAUGAACAGCUCUUGAACAAGUAUGGGGAGUCCCUGAACAACAACAUCACUGAGCUGUUCAGCAUCGCAGAUAACCUGGACAAGGUGUCCAAGGGCACUAAGAUCGCUGGCAUCACUGGAGGCGCCACGAGUGCCGUGGGCGGGAUCGCGGCCGUGGCUGGCGUGGUCCUGUCCCCGUUCACAUUCGGGGCCUCGCUCGCCCUCACCGCCAUCGGGGUCGGCGUUGCCACGGCAGGAGGCGUCACCGGUGCAUCGGCCGCCAUCGCACACAAAGUAAGCGUCACACAGGACAGGAAGAAGAUAGAGACCGUCAUCAAGGACUACAGGGCCCACGUGGACGACCUCGAGGCCUGCCUGACGUUCACCAACAGGGGGAUGGCAUCCCUGAGGAAGCACAACCUGGCCGUCCUGACUGGGGUCCACACCAAGGCAGUGAGGGUGGCCAAGGUGGUAGAGGUGGCAGGGGACAGUGCCAGGGCCAUGGAUGCCAGCAGCAAGGCAUCAGGCGUGCUGAAUGGCUUCUCCCUGGGCAUGGACUUAUUCUACUCAGGCAAGGACAGACAGAAGCUGAAGAAAGGCCUGGAGUCCAAGUUCGCCAAGAAGCUCCGCCAAGUGGCCGGCCAGCUGCAAGACGGGCUGAAGGAGCUGGUGAAGGUGAAAGACAUGUAUAAGGAGCUGGUGAAGGAGUGAAAGACAUGUAUAAGGAGCUGGUGAAGGAGUGAAAGACAUGUAUAAGGAGUUGGUGAAGGAGUGAAAGACAUGUAUAAGGAGCUGGUGAAGGAGUGAAAGACAUGUAUAAGGAGCUGGUGAAGGAGUGAAAGACAUGUAUAAGGAGCUGGUGAAGGAGUGAAAGACAUGUAUAAGGAGCUGGUGAAGGAGUGAAAGACAUGUAUAAGGAGCUGGUGAAGGAGUGAAGGGUCUUCCUGGCGGCACGGUUGGCUUUUGGUGUGAAAUGGGGUUUGUUUGGGUUGUUUUUACAUUUGUAUGUUUGAUGUUUUUAAUCUUACAAAAUGUUGUCCACUUUUACACCUAUAUAAUAUUUUAUGUUUUUAAUCUUAUGUAAUGUUUUACACUUAUAUAAUGUUUUACGUUUAUACACUUGAUUCCUUUUCUGUCUCUGCCUCAUUUUGACUGUUGUGAAUCAGAAUCAGAAUCAGAAUGGGAUUUAUUCGCCAUGAAAGUUUGCACAGACAAGGAAUUUGCUUUGGCAGGAAGGUGCAUACAAUAAACAUAUACCUAAAAUUUAAAUAUGUGGACUAUCUAUACUAAGGGUACAUAAACUAGCAGUACUAAGUGGGAUUAGAAUAGAAUUAAAUAUACAAUAAAAUAAAAUAUAAAUUGCCGUAAAUUACAAUAUAAAAAUACAAAUAUUACAAAAAAUACAAAUGUACAAGAUACCAUUUUGUAAUGCA